AUGUAUUUACAAAGCGCGCAAUUUAACCUUGCGCGGUCGAAAAAAAAGGCGUUAUGGAAUUCCUUGGCUGAUGAUGCGAGUUUGGUUACAACCAAAGCAAGUCUUAGCAAAGAACCGGCAGGGAGAGGUCUCGUGCAAGCUGUGUUGCGUGACGCGAAGGAGGGGGAGAGCUUGGUGAGUAACGAACGGGGGAAAGAACCGUAUGACUGGCGCCGCCAUGGACUGAUUUCGGUAUCUGACACGCAAGAACCUCUCAUUCUUCUGGCAAUUAUUGCCAAUGGGCUGAGAAGGGAUGUUCAGGAAGGUGGUGGCCUGGUGCGUGAGAAAGUCAAGUUGUGGUCCCACCAUCAGGUGGCGCUAUGUAUCCACAAUAUAAAUUCUCAAUGCUUCACCCACCAAAAGCACGAGUUUCAUUAUUCUUUGUUCAUACAGUUUCAAUCCUGUGAGAUUUUUAUAAACGAAUAUUUUGACCCUCCUCAUCCCACGAACAGUCUACCAACACCCUCCUCAAUCCAUCUUCCAUCUUCAGCUUCAUAUUCCUUACUCUUUACCUGGAUAAUUAUUACGAACUCAAGUACAUAA